UCACCUGCAUGUUGUCGAACGACCCGUCUGUGUCGGAAUCAUUGACCAGCGAGCAUGGUUUAUGGGUCGCUGGAGCUUGUUCCUAUAUCCGUUCAGUCCGAAGGUUCUCACUCGCUCCGCACGAGCACGACUGUCCCAACGCAUCCCCUUGCUGUCCGAUCUGGAAGUCUCCAAAUUUCGUCCGUGUAAAGCGAAGGCGGCUCUCGUAGAAGCAAAGAAGACUGCUGCUGAGAAAACAUCGACCGGCUUGUCUUUGAGAACUGGAUUUGUGCGCCCAUUUCCUGAAAAUGUCGAUUUCAGCCGCAAAUAUGGUUUGCGACCCGGAAUCCAUGCUUCUCACAUUCUUAAAUCUCGCCGCGCGUUUCCGCAAUCUGUCAGUUUCUCUUCCGUCUGCGACCCGUUCGACGAAAUGGGUGACAGGGAAUGGCAUUCGCGGGAUGGCCGCUUUCACCGAGUUUUUGGUUUCGCCAAAACGUCCGCCGUGAGAGGUGACAAAGAAGAUGUCUCAAUUGCCCAUUGUUCGGCCCUCAAGAUUGGGGCUCUCGCUCACUUGCCCAUUUCAACCUCUCUGCUCAUGGCCUACUCACGGGCUGCGGACCUGAGUGCUUUACGAGCUUUCUUUGACGAAAUUCCCGACAAAGAUGUGAUUACUUGGAAUGCGAUGAUCACUUCCUUGGCUGAUAACCAGUGGUUUGUUCAGGCCCUGGAUCUAUUUGCCAAGAUGAUGCAAGGUGGAAGUGGUUUUGAUUCCACUUCUCUUUUAAUUGUUUCAUCAAUAUUCACACGCACAAAUCAGUUGAUUCAGGGUCGUAUUGUUCACAGCUUAAGCGUGAAGUCAGGGAUGCUAUCCGAUUAUUCGCUGUGUAAUGCACUUAUGGAUAUGUAUGCAAAAUGUGGUGAUCUAAGCUCAUCAGAGAGCAUUUUCGUCGGUAUCGGUCGUAGGGAUGAUAUUGCUUGGAAUUCGAUACUCAGUGGAUGUCUUCACAACAACAAUCCUAUAGGGUGCCUACUGUACUUUAAAGAGAGAGCACUGUAUGAGGAAAUGGGGGACAGUAUAAGUCUCUCGUGUGCUAUUUCAGCUGCAGCUUCAUUGGGAGAACUAAGUUGUGGUAGUAAUUUGCAUGGUUUGGCAAUCAAAGUUGGUUACGACCAAUGCCCCCGCAUUUCAGUUGCCAACUCUCUUAUUGCGUUCUAUUUUCAGUGUGGGCACUGUGAGGAUGCCGAGGCUAUUUUUAGAGGAGCAAUGGCUCUAUACGACAUUGUUUCUUGGAACACAAUGAUUGACGGUUAUGCCUCCAAUGGAAUGAUUCUGGAAGCUUUCGAUCUUCUGCAUGAAAUGCAGUUAACAGCGCCCGUCCAGCCUGAUUCAGUGACUCUUCUUACUCUAAUUUCAGUUUGUGCAGAUGCAAUGCUACUGAUAGAGGGAAAAACACUUCAUGGCUACGUUACUCGCAGAGGGAUGGGACUUGAUCCUCGAGUGACAAACAGUCUUAUGAAUAUGUACUUGAGAUGCGGUGCUGUGAGGAAAGCUGAGAUUUUGUUUGAUUCCACUUCAGAGAGGGACGUGAUCUCAUGGAACACAAUGAUCUGUGGGUAUUCCCAGAAUGACCUAUCUGAGAAAGCUCAAAGUUCAUUCAAAGAAAUGCUGCUAUGUUGCUCAGGAUGCAGCUUACCUACUCUGUUAGCCAUUCUUCCUUCCUGUAAUUCCCCUGAAUACCUCAGAUUUGGAGAAUCGAUCCACUGUCUGCAGUUGAAACUUGGAUUUUCACACAGCGUUGUUGCUUUAAAUUCCACCAUGUACAUGUAUGUUGUUAGUGGAGAUAUUAGAGCAGCAUGCAAGUUAUUGACUACCUGUUCAGUUCAUGAAGAUCUCACUUGUUGGAACACUUUCAUUGCAGGCUGCUCAAAGAGUGGCUUCUUUUGGGAAGCUUUAGAAGCAUUCAACAGAAUGAGGGAAGAACAUAAUGUCUCUUUUGAUUCCAUCACACUUGUCAAUAUUUUUUCAGCUUGUGGAAAUCUUGAGCUGUUUCUUGAAGGGAGAUUGAUCCAUGGGCUUGCUCUCAAAACUCCAAUAGGAUCAGACACCCGUGUGUGUAAUGCGCUUAUUACUAUGUAUGGACGAUGCACAGAUAUUGCAAGUGCGAGAUUAGUCUUCAACACCAUUGGUAAUAGCAAUUUAUGUUCGUGGAAUUGUCUGAUUUCUGCCUUGUGUCAGAACAAGGCUGCUAAGGAAGCAGUUGAACUCUUUGGACGUCUUGCAUUUGAAUAUGAUGAGAUCACCAUUGUCAACAUUCUCUCAGCCUGUACACAGCUUGGCCUUAUGCAGUUAGGAACAGAAAUUCAUUCUCGAGUUUUCAGAGUAGGGUUUCAUGAGAAUUCUUUUAUAUCUGCAGCUCUUGUUGAUAUGUACAGCAACUGUGGGAAAUUGGGUGUUGCUCUUCAAGUAUUCAGAAACUCGCCUAAGAAGUCCAUUGCAGCUUGGAAUUCCAUGAUUUCUGCCCAUGGGUACCACGGUGACGGUAAGAAAGCACUGAAACUUUUCGAGAAAAUGCGUGAAUCUGGGACAAGAGCGACUAAAACCACUUUCAUAAGCCUUCUAUCAGCUUGCAGUCAUGCUGGAUUAGUUAAAGAAGGUCUCUGGUAUUAUGAGCAUAUGGAGGACAAAUAUGGAGUUGAACCUGUUACAGAGCAUCAUCUUUGUGUGGUUGACAUGCUUGGCCGUUCAGGAAAGCUGUUUGAGGCUUAUGAACUUAUCAUGAAGAUGAAAACUCGGCCCAAGCCGGGCAUAUGGGGCGCUUUGCUAAGUUCCUGCAACUACCAUGGCAAUAUAGAGAUGGGAAGAGAAGUUGCAGAGCUGCUUUUUGAAAUGGAACCCGAAAAUUCCGGGUAUUACAUUGCACUGUCAAAUAUGUAUACUGCUGCAGGGGGAUGGGUUGAUGCUGUGAAGAUACGUGAAUUGAUUCAGGAGAAAGGGUUAAGGAAGCCGAUUGGGUACAGCCUUUUAGAAAUGGGUUAAUAAGGAUGAACAUCCACUAAGCGUGACAGAACCACAGAGAUGCAGGCACCGUUUUGCAUUGAAUCUGCUCUCAAUUUUUUAUUGGCUCAUGUCUAUAUUGUUA